CUUCCUGGGUGAAAGGUCGGAAUAGUCCAUCGAGGUUCCCCUGGUUUGUGGAGAAGAUAUAUAUUUUUUUAUUUAAUAGAAACUUCAGAAACUACGCCGCCGAGCAGAUAACGUAAAGUCAUCAGUGUCAAAUAUGUCGUCUGAUAAACUCAUCGGACCUGCUUUACCCCCGAUGUUCAGAAAGGAGGAGAGCGACGAAGACGCUGAUGACGAUGGAGGAUUCUCCGGUCCCGCUCUGCCUCCCGAUUAUAAACGGAGGGAACCGUCGAGCUCCUCGGAUGACAGCGAGCAGGAGGUGACGGUCAAAAGAGCAAAAACAAAACACACAGCUGCAGAGAGGGUGGAUAACACAAAGGUGCAAGAUGAUGAUGAUGGUUUCUUUGGACCAGCCUUACCUCCAGGAUUCAAGAAACAACAGCAUUCACCAGAAAUGCCGCCCUUGCUGGGACCAGCUUUGCCUCCCGGGUUUCGCAGAGCAGCAUAUGACAACGAUGAUGAUGAUGGUGAAGAUGGGAAUGAUUUACCAGGGCCAGCACUCCCUCCUGGCUACAAGGCUGAGUCCUCCAGCAGCGAGGGAGAGGAUGAGGAUGUGAUCGGACCCAUGCCAGCCAAAGGAGCCAUUGAAAGCUCUGUGGCUCUGGACUUUGAGCGCAGAGCACAGAGGAUGAAAGAGAAGCUGACUGGAAAUGACACUCCUGAGGUUUUGGCCAGAGAAUCGUGGAUGACAGAACUCCCUCCAGAACUGCAGCACAUUGGUUUGGGGGCUCGAACCUUCAAGAAGAGGUCGGGUCCAGAGAACAAGGAUCGCUCCAUUUGGACCGAUACACCUGCAGACAGGGAGCGCAAGGCCAGGGAACGCCAUGAAAGAAAGCAGAAGGGUGAGGUGGAGAAAGACGACGUCCCACAACUCUCCCAGAAGGACGUGGAAAUGGCAGCAAAAGUGUCUCAGUAUAAUGAGUCUAAACGUGCUGAGUCGCUGGUAAGCAUGCACACAAAGAAGAUGAAGGAGAAAGCAAAGGAAAAGGCUGACAAACCAGUCGAGAGGAGGCCGUUUGAUCGAGAUGAGGACCUGCAGGUGAAUCGCUUUGAUGAAGCGCAGAAGCAGCGGCUGCUGAAGAAAUCUCAGGAACUGAACACACGAUUCUCUCACAGCAGGGACCGGAUGUUCCUGUGACAAAUUGUCAAAAUAUAACAAACACGUAUGAACACGCAGAUGUCCAGUAACUGUCUGGCUGGUGAAAUUUUCAGACAGGUUUUGUACAAUAUGGACUAUGUUUGUAUGGAUACUCACAUGUUACACAAAUGGAGAAUUGAGUUUAGGGACUGUACUUAAUUUAUCAGAGUGGGGGAUGUGACUUUAUUCAUACACACACACGUAUAUAUAUUUAUAUAAACUGUAUAUAUAUAUGUAUGUAUGUAUGUAUGGUGUGAUUUUGGUGUCUAAAGAAAACAUGUCUUUCAAACCCACUUGCAGAUUUUGGCGAUCUGAGGGCAUAUAAGGUGAAUAAAAAAUACUACCAUUUCAAAUUUGAUAUCCAACCCCUAAGCCAUAUUAAAAAACAUUACUCCCUCCCAGGGGCUUAAAAAAUAUUUGAAGUCCGCAUUUUGCACCACCCCCUCCCCUCUCACAAAUAACAAACAGUCCCUUGACUCAACUAAAUAGACUACAAGGACAUGACGGGCAUGUCCAUUUAUGGAAAUUCAUGUGAUUGUCUGAUUGUUGCAUUUUCCAGGAGACACUGUACUGAUAAAAUAAAUGACAUGCUCAAAUAAAUGACAUAUUUUUCCUACACUGAUGUGCAGUGAUUUUGUUUUUAAAAAAACAUUUUGUACAGAUUGUUGUAAGGUCUAUGCUGCAUGCAUUCACUGUAGCUUUGCAAUGCUCCAUAGGUCCAAUAAACUCUCUUUGCAAACUUUUAAAAA